AUGAUCUUUGUUUUUUUCCUGAUUGUAUUGACACUUGCAUACAUGCUCUUUAUGAGUGUGAAAGGUAGAAAGGGCUCAAGUAUCGUGAAGUUUGUUGGUCCAAGAGGAACUGGAAAGACAACAACAUUGAAUGCACUUCUUAGAGUCAAUGGAAAAACUGUACCAACACUGGAAAGCUACAAGGUCAUGUAUGAAUCUAUUACAAUUCAUGAUGUGAUUGAGAAGGAGGGAAGCUUUCUUGAGAAGUAUGGAAUUGAUGAUGCAUCUGCAACAUAUUUUUUCUUUCUCAAGGAUUUUAAUGAUGCUUGUAAGCAUCCAGAAACAAAAGGAUUCGAUAUCAGGCUUGUUUAUUUCGGAUCAUGCGAUGCCAGCAAAGCUAAAGAACAGAAAGUCAUUGUACUGAAUGGCAAUCCAUCGGAAAUCAAGAUCCAUCUUCCGAAUUGA